AUGAUAGUGAGGACUCCGCCGCCGAAGAAGCAGCGUUCCGACGACGGAGGCAGCCCCGCCACCGCCGGCAACCCUCUCGUUACCUACGAAGAUUCUCCGCUUCAAACUUGUCAUGAUCAUUCGGAUCAGUACCUUUGCACCUAUCAAUGCCGCCAAAUGGUCAAAGCUGAUGUUCUAGAUGCCUUGAGCAAAGCAGAGAGACAAGCCCGGGAAUCUCAGACCAAGUUACAGACUCUAAAUGAUAAGUUCACCCAAGCAGACGCCGAAAGAAAGCAAUUUCGAGAUAAAUUCUUGUACUCAGAGCAAGAACUGGCUGCUGCCAAAGGGCGUGAAAAGGUGCUUCAGGAGCAGCUCCUAGUGGAGAUCACCAAUUCUCAAGACCGGUUUACCAAACAGCUACAAUCUUCUCAUACACUCGAGGUAAACCUUCAAAAUGAAAUGAACCUCCGAAAGAAAGCCGAGUCUUCUCUUGCUACAGCAGAAGAAAAAGCUAAACUUUUCGAAGAAAAACUAAGUCAGCUAUCUGCAAGUGUGGACAGGGAGAAAAAACGUCUCAACAGUGAUAUUGCUCACUUGGGUAAAGAAGCAAAGCUUUCUGUAUCUAGAAUUGGUGCAGAUCUUGAAAGGAUGCAAUGUCGAGCACAAAAUGCAGAGACGGAAUCAGGCCUUUUAAGAUCACAGCUGGAGCAUCUUAAACAUAAAUUUGACGAGUGUUUGCAAGAGAAAACUGAACUAGCCAUGAAGCUGGCGUCAUUCACAUCUCAAGCAUCUCCUUCAGAUAACAGUGUAUUGGUUAAACAUCUCCAGGAGGAACUUAAGCGCUAUGAAGCUGAAGUGCGAGAAGCUAGAAAGUUUAAAUCACAAAACUUUGAUGCUGAGUUGUUGAAAGAGAAAUUAUUGGAAGAAAAAAGCCGUAGGGAGAGGGCAGAAUCAGAGUUAUCAAAAUUGCAACAAUUGCAGCUAAGCAUGGACAAGCUGGAGAAUGAAUUGUCAUCUUGGAAGUCAUUGCUAAAUGACAUUCCUGGUGUAGCAUGCCCUGAUGACAUAUUUAUGAAAUUCUCAACGCUGCAAAAGGAGGUGCUGGAUAGCACUGUAAAGAUUGGAGAAGCAAGUACACGUUCUAAACAACUGGAGGUGGCUCUGGAUGCUACACAACUUGGCAGGCAGAAUGCUGAAACUGAGGCUGCAUUAGCUAAAGAGAAAUCUGAGGCACUCAAAUCAGAUGUCAAAAGAAUUGAAGUAAUGCUUUCUUUGGUCACAGAGGAGAGGGAACAGUUAAAAGCUGUUCUUAGUGAAUUCAGGAAGUCAAACAGUGGAGGAUUCAUGUCUGGAGCUACAGAUGGAGCCCUUGUUCAGGGGCUUCAAUCUUCUCUUGCAAAAAAAGAGAACUAUCUUAAGGAUUUGGAGAAUGAUCUAAGUCAACUGAAGGAUGUCAAUAAUCGUCAACGGAAUGAAAUAGAACUUCUAAAUGAGAAACUAGUUAAUGAAGCAAGGAAAAUUAAGUCGCUGGAAAGGGAUAGUGAUCGCCUUCGUUCUGAGAUCUCUUUGCUGGAGUCGAAGCUGGGUCAUGGUGAUUUUUCUGCUGCAAAUACAAAGGUUUUACGCAUGGUGAAUACUCUUGGUGUCGAAAAUGAAGCAAAACAAACUAUAGAGGCUUUACAGGCUGAGUUACAGAAGACAAGAGAAAGACUCCUAGCUGUUGAAGAGUUGAAGAGUCAGUCUGGAGAUCCUGGGAAGCUAGUUGACUCCCAUAUAACUGGAAAGAUUUCUCAACUAAAAGAGCAAAUUGCUACACUUGAAAAGCGUGAGGAGAGGUACAAAACUGUUUUCGCUGAUAGAAUAUCAGUGUUUAGGAGGGCUUGUUGCGAGCUUUUCGGUUAUAAGAUUGUAAUGGACGAACAUCAGCGUCCCAACGGAAUCCCAAUUACUCGGUUUACUCUUCAGUCUAUAUAUGCUCAAAGUGAUGAUGAAAAACUCGAGUUUGAAUACGAAUCUGGAAAUACUAGUAUUCUAGACAAUCAGUACGCCUCUCAGGGUGAGAUAGCGAAACAGGUAGAAAUAUUCAUCAGGAAGUUUAACUCGAUUCCAGCUUUUACAGCCAAUCUAACAAUGGAAUCAUUCAACCGCCGCACCUUAUAUUGA